AUGGCUACAGCAGGACACCCCUGGAUGUGGAUGGUCAGUGCCCUGAUUACAGCCCUGAUUCUGGGGGUGACAGAGCCUGUUCUUGCAAAUGAUGUUACCUCCUGCGACAACCCCUCUGACACUGGCCCCUCUGAAAGCACCCGGGACAUUGGAGCUGGGGACCAGGAGGACACCAGGGCAGACGAGGGGAGCAGCAGUCGCAUCGUGAAUGGAACCGACUGCGAGAAAAAUGCCCAGCCGUGGCAGGGUGCGCUGUUGCUGGGGCCCAACAAGCUCUACUGUGGGGCCGUGCUGGUGAAUCCUCAGUGGCUGCUCACAGCGGCCCACUGCCGGAAACCAUUUUUCAGAAUCCGUCUCGGCCACCAUUCCCUGUCACCUGUUUAUGAAGCUGGGCAACAGUUGUUCAAAGGGAUCAAAUCCAUCCCCCAUCCUGGCUAUUCCCAUCCUGGACACUCUAAUGACCUCAUGCUCAUCAAACUGAACAGAAAGAUCCGUGAGACUCAGAGAGUUAAGCCCAUCAACAUCUCCUCAAAGUGUCCAUCUGCUGGGACCAGCUGCAUGGUAUCUGGUUGGGGAACAACCAACAGCCCCAACGUACAAUUCCCCAAGGUCCUCCAGUGCUUGAACAUCACUGUGCUAAGUGACGACCGGUGCAGAAAGGCCUAUCCCAGACAGAUAGAUUCCACUAUGUUCUGUGCUGGCGACGAGGCGGGCAGAGAUUCCUGCCAGGGUGAUUCAGGUGGCCCUGUGGUCUGCAAUGGCUCCCUACAGGGCCUCGUGUCCUGGGGAGACUUUCCCUGUGCCCAGCCCAACAGACCCGGCGUCUACACCAACCUGUGCCAAUUCACUAAGUGGAUCAAGGACACCAUCCAGUCGAACUCAUGA